GUCAAUAAUGUCUAUCAAGGUGGAAUUAACACACGGCCACUUGAACGCCCCCAAAGGCUUGAGUGGAUGUACAUAAACUCUCUUGACGCCUCAUCGAUUAAACUCACAUCAUGACAUUCUCCGGGAUAAUACGUAGAGCAGAUGCUUAAAUAAGAUGACUCUCCAUCAUUUGUGAGACGAUUGCGACUGCUGAUGAAUGAACUGUUUUCCAGUUUUGCAGCCUCAGAUAUCUAUGACUCUCUCAGCAUCACCUUUUCAAAAUCUCAAACCCGGGCAGAAAGCACCAAAAUCUCCUCAUUUCCAUCCUCCUUCUCGAAAAGCCCAGCAAUGCCUUUCUACAGUGCUCCUCUCGCCCGGGCAAAAAUAUGGCUCCGCCGGCGAAGAGAACAACCGUGGCCACCGCGAACAAGUCUCAUGGGCGAAGCCAGUUAUUCAGCUACAGCACUCCUCAGUAUAUUCCUCCUCACCACAAUUCUGAUAGCGGCCACCUUGAUGAGAGCAUCCUCGGAGGCUGGCAAACCCAUAACCUCCAUGGUGGACCUCUUGGUCAUCCUGAUUCUCACGCAAACUGGUUACGCAGCGAUCUUCAGCAUCCACAAAUGCAUUCUUCCUCCGCCUGGCUACAUGGGUGGUCAAAUCUACUUUUACUGGGCAUUCUGGGUGAUCACGCAGGUUGUCUGCGUCGCCACCGUGCGGUACGCGUGGCACCGAGACUGGUCGCAGCAGACCGACUGCGUUGCCCUCACGUGGCUGUUCUCGAGCGCAGGUUCCAUCGUCUUGUGGACGUACGUAUUAAUCUGUAUGACUUUAAGGAGACACAGACGUAGGGGGACGUCGCGGUAUGCCUCGAGACCGGCUGAUCCGGAACCGGCGGUGCAAAUGGUGGCGAGGGACCGAGCCGUUGAUGUAGAAGCGGCCGUGAGCCCGGUUCAACUACCGCCGCACGUUGCUGUAAGAGAAGUGAAGAACGAAAAUGUGCGAUUAAGCUGAGUCGAAAAGCAUUGGAAAAGGGCUGGAUUUCGGAAGUAACAGCGAGGAUGAUUGAUAUAUAACGACAUAUGAGCUUGGUUGGCUUCUUGGCUUGGACUAAAAGUUUCUUUCCAAGUUUUGGUACGCAUGAAGUUUUGAUGCACAAGUUUUAGGAAGUACUUCAGUGAAGUCAAUGUGAUGUUGCGUACUGAGACAUCAUAGUACCUUGUUCGUGUUCGCAUGGGGGAACCUUUCAAGUGGGAGUAGAGCAGUUCUAGGACGUUCUGUCAGCUGAACUCUGUUUUCAGCAAGCUGUCACUCGUAGAACGUUCAAUCGAAGCCAGCAUUAACAGAAGAAUUAUAGUACCCAAAUAUCUGACAAAAACUACUCUACCCUUUCAGUGUCGGUCUAUCAAUAGUCCUCCACAAUCUUGUACCUGGAUGUCUCGGACUCUCAGCUGAGGGCCCACAAGC